AUGGACUCACGUCUCGUGUUAGCGUUUAUUUUAAUUUCCAGUUUAGGUUUUUCUGGUGCGUUCUGGCUAGGCGGUUCUAGUAACGAUGGAACUGUUCGCUUCCACAAAGGAAGCCAAUUUGGUUUUGAAAAGAACCCUCAAAUUUACUCGCAUCUUGUGAUACCGCCGUGGAAUAGACCUUUCAAACCGGGUUACUGCGCGAGUUGGGAAUGGCACACAGAUAAAAAAUACAGAGACAAACGAGUGGCAAUCUGCAAGCAGUACGCUGAAGGUAAGUAUAGUCCGCAGUUUUGAUUUUUUUUUUUAUGUUCCAUUUGGAUUUUAUUCGUCAAUCAGGUCUUAGCCGCUGGUCACAGUCAUAGCGCUGACUUGCAAAUGAACCUUAUAUUGGAGUUCGCAAAAAAGAAAAAAGAUAUUUAUUUGCAAUGUUUAAGUUACUCGUUACGAUAUUUUUUUGGGAAAUAUGAUCUGCGCAAACUUCUUAGCAAAGCUUAGUUUUAUGUCUUGAAGAAGCUUUGCGACACAAACUUCUUCUGGAUUCCACGUCAUUUUCACCUGUUACGUACCACUGUAAACAAAAGGUGAAACUGUGCGUUUGAAUUAUCGAUUUCAACAGGUCUUGCGAGAUGACCGCGUAAAGCCACGCAGAAAAAGCGAAGAUAAUCACGCAAAAACCGACAGAGAUCGGAGAAAAAUAGUUGUUUUUGAUUAGAAUGGAAAUCUUCGGAUUAGCAAAUUUUCCAACGAUGAAAACUUUGGAUGACAUUUUAAUCCGAAAGAAUUCUGUCGCAAUCAGGACAUUGGUAUCUUUUUUACCUUUUCCAAUUUUUAUUAGUUUUUCGGAAAUCGUUUAUCUUUCCGGGCCCUGUUUCUUCAAGUAACUGGCAAUGAUUUACUAUAAGAAGCUCAGAUGUCUUCAUUAAAGUAAAUUAAUUGAUCUUUUAUGUCUUGCUAGUUAGCUCCAGUUUUCUUGAGAAUGAAAAUGUGUUUUAUAGUCAAUAACGUCGAAAAUGGUGCUUACGGUGGUAUCUUGAGAAUAAAAACUGCCUUUAUAACAUUUUGAACUUUGAUUAGUUGGGAACUUGAAUUUUUUAAGUUACAGAUAAUUAUAGCAUGCACUCCAACUAAUACUAUAGGUUUUUGCUCGGGAAAAUGGUCUUAUCCAAUAUUUAUCCUAUUAUUAAUUAGUCACAACAGAAGAAUAAAAACGAUGGUUGACAUCGCUUUAUAUUUCUCUGUAACUAACAGGUAAACACGAGUGUGAUUCCGACACCGGUUUCUGCCCAGAUAAGUGUCCUUAUACAAAUGGCAGUUAUCCGUAUUGGAGAAUCCGCAAUGCCGUGGAUGUUCCGUUCUUGUGGGUCAUUUCAGGUAUCAAAUUUUACGAUACUGCAACCUCCAACAAGCCUCUCAACGUUGAUCCGAAGCGGGGCUACGCUAGCAGCUACUUUGGACCUGGUGAGUCAUGAUUUGAUCAGCUUGUAUUUUAGACUACGAGUAGUCCCCCAUUUUUCCUCAGGGAUAGUAGAGCAAGCAAAACGCGAGUGCGCGUGAAAAUCACCCCACGCGAGAAAAGGCGACACGCGGCGUGUCGCCUUGUCUCGCGUGGAGUGAUUUUCACGUGCGCUCGCUUUUCGCUCGCUCUACUAUCCCUGAGGAAAAAUGGGAGACUAGUCGUAGUCUACUUGUAUUCUAGUCACUUAACUGUGUACUCAGGGGCAACCAAAGAGAAUUCAGUUGAAAACCACUUAAACACAGCAUUGCUGAAGGUAUUUUAGUAUUUAAACAGUAGAUACAGGCAUAUUUUUAUCACCUAAAUUUUUUUUAACUGUUCGGAUUUCCUAACUGAAAGUCUAGUGAUCCGAAAAUUAUAGGGAUCAAAACUUACCUUUUCGAAAACUUCAGCCCGAAAAAAGGCUCCUGAAAAUUCUAGGUGACCAUUUUACAGUUACAAGUGCACACGAGGCUGGAGUUGACUUGGUUUAAUACAACCCCUCCUGCUUUAUUAUGUAAAUCAUGUUGUUGUUAUGCUAACUAUUAUUUCUUCAGCAAAAUUUCCAUAAGAAAAAGAAAGAGGUUUGUAUCGAAGCAACGUCAACCUCAGCCUCACGUUCACUCAAAGGAUAGGAUACUACGCCCACCACUGUAAAAUGGUCUAUUGACGAUCGGUGUCCCUGUGUACUUACUGAUGAAAGUAUUUCCUGUUUAAAUAAAGUGCCAUUAUGAUAGAGGUUGUCUAUUGCGAAUGCUUGGCGUGUUGCCUUUUGACGCUCUCUAUUUAGCUCAACAAAUUAAAAGUUUCGCGUUUUAAAAUCAACCAUUCAGUGGAGCCUCCAAAAUCUGCUGAACGUAUUACUUUUCCACCGAUUGGUUAAUUGGCCAGGAUUAACUUCUCGCGAUUUUCCUGUUUUAAAGACCCUGUAAUUUUUACUACGACAUUUAAAAGCGAUUUACAGUGAUUUUCUAAUUAAUUACCGGUUAUAAUAAGUGCGCAGCGGUUACAAUACUUGGAUACAAAUUAGGUUCCCUGCUAGCAGAGGUCUCUCACGACGAGGCAAAAAUGAGAAAUGCCUCGUCGUGAGAGACCUCUGCUAGCAGGGAACAAAUUAGGGUAAAAUUGAUUCAAAAUUUUGUAGCAAUAAAUCUCACUAAAAAUUGCCCGACAGGCGUUCAAACAUGCACUUGAAAAUUUAACUGAGUGACAAAGAUUUCCAUGUUUGUUCUCAUUUUUCUACUUGCAUGAUUCAAUUUUUUUUCUUUGAUCAUUCCGUCAUAUUAGCCUUGAAGUUAUUAUUAGCAAAUAGACCACUUCCGUAAAGCAUUUUUUUUCGGCCAAAAAACUGUACCGUUUAUAUCGUAGCCAACACGAUAUAAAAACUGAGAGUGUAUUGAACCAUUUUUAGCGCAACACAGCGUUGCAACAUUGUUUCGAAUGGUUACAACAUUGUUCUAACAUUGCAACGCUGUGUUGCGCUAAAAAUCGUCGUUGUGAAUCGUCCCGUGUAACAUCACCUUAAGGACGGCAAUCCAUAUAUAAACUCAAAGUCAGUCAAACAAAUAAAAAAAGAAAAAAGAUUUAGUUUUGACCAAUAGAUGUACGUGAUAAAUACGAAAAUUACAUCGUGACACCUCAGGCCAUUUGCCUGGUACUUUUUACGUGAAAUUUGAGGGCUAAUUUUUGUUAAAUGUCACCCUUCCUUAUUUUUUGCAACGUAGGUUAUCCACCCAGCAUGGCAUUUGAUAACAACCCGGAAAGUAUCUGGAUCUCAAAUGGAGCAUCUCUUCCCGGCAUGCAGUGGAUUGGAUACGAAUUUCCUUACCCAGUGUUUAUCGGAUCUGUCCAUAUCUCCACAGAGGAGGAUAAGCCAGACCGCCUUCCUGCUUUGAUGUAUGUCGAGGCAUCGUGCGAGAAAUACUUCAGAAACUUUGUCACACAAUGGGUCGUUUAUAAUCCUGACCACAACGUCAAUAAGCGCUACAGUGGUAAGCUUUACUUGCGAUGUAAUGUUAUUCGUUGAGCAUAAUAUGUAGAUUUAGCCAGUGCUAAAAGCGAAGCUCUGGUUAAUAAUAAUUAUAAACAACAACAAAAAUUAAAUCGUGUAAUGCUAAACGGGUACGGCAAUGAAAAUGGCAUCAAGAUCAAUAGAUCUAACCAGCAAAAAAAAACAAAAAACCAAAACAAGACAAAUUUGCACGUGCAGCACACUUUUAAUUUUUCUAAUUAGCAAAACAAUUUGCACGUGGCUUUUUUGUCUUUCUUUGCCGUUGUUUUGAACGACUACAAUGCGCUUUUUAUUUUUAUGGAGGAAUUGUCGUAUAUGCUUACCAAAGGUUUUGUUUCCUGUGUUCAUGUUCACUUGUAUUUUGUCACUGCCGCUCAUUUUCACCUUGCUGGCCGCUAUCAUUUCUCUUUUUCUCACCACCGCUAUGAAAUUUUCAUGUUUAUCUUCCAAUUAAUCACUCGCUCUAGCUCUUUCUCUGUUAUCCACGUGAGUGUAAACAUAAAAAAUAACGUCGAAAAAGACACGACUUUGUUGUUGUUUUUUCUGUCUAAAAGUCCGGGCAGCCCACAGGCAGCCCAAGCUCGGUGCAUAAAUUACCGCAAGUUUCGAUACCGUUUUGCAUAUUACGAACGAUUUAAAGACUUUGCACGAGAAAUUAAAUAUAGCUGUUAAAACGUAGAAAUAUAGUCAUGAAUGUAGAAAUAAACUGAACUUACGUGAACUUGGGUCUGUUGUUGCUUUUUCUGUGUAACCUGACCUCAAUUCAUGGCCAUUUUAUACGGUUUUGUAGCUCGUUGUUUGUUCGGUGUUAUUUUCCGACAUAAAGCGAAGCAAGGCAGGAGACUGUGUGCAGUCGCAACUCACAAACAUCUCCCUCAUCAAAGAACCGCGCACUGAUUCACUAUGAGAGCGCAAAAUCCUUUAGGCAUGGUCGGUCUCUUAUCUCUUCCCCUAGUCAUGGGUAUAGCGAUGUGGGAGAUUGGUUCUGGGCAAUCUGACGUGCACUCAGGAAACUCCAUGACUACGUGUUGCGUGGUGAACGCGAAUAUGGACUCAGGGGAACCGUGUAGUCAAUACUGCAUGACAAAACAUGGAUCUUCCUACCCUCAGAUAGUCUACUGAUUGCGCGUGAGCGGUGUUUGGAAUUAUCCAAUUGGAUUAGCGUAUUUAAGAUGUUAGCGUUCACCACGCAACAGGUUACACAAACAACGGGCCGCAAAACCGUAUAAAAUGGCCAUGAAUUGAGCCCAGGUUACACAGAAAAAAACAACAACAGACCCAAGUUCACGUAAGUACAAUUUAUUUCUAUAUUCAUGCCUAUAUUUCUACGUUUUAACGACGAUAUUGAACUCUCAUGCAAAGUCUUUAAAUCGUUCUUAAUAUGCAAAACAAUAUCGAAACUCGUGGUAAUUUAUUCACCCAGCUUGGGCGCCUGUGGGCGGCCAUGCGAUUUCCUUCCAAAUAGAACCUUGAGUUGCAUUUAGGUUGCCAUACCUGUUGAUUGAGUUAUUUUACAUCGGUAUGCAUGUGGUUUUGACGGACAGGUGGACGUACGGUCAAGUGAUUACCAAAAUUUCUUGGAUGUGUAGAUUACCACAUUUUCUUACCCAUGGUGCUCCUCUAUAAAGACCUUUAGAUUCUAAGACGAGGACGACUACGAGAACAACAUAUUCACACUACUUUCUCAAAAGUGGUGCGCGGCUGAAUCAGGGUCAUUUGGCGGGAAAAAGUCGAAAAUGAAAAUGUAAUGGCGGAAAGAAGUUUUAUCAAAUUUCAGAAGUUUUAUCUUUUCUGUGAUAGGGAGAGGGCCAUGUUAUAGCCUCUUUCAAUAAAGAUAAACGUCCUAACUUUUCUGAUCAAAAACGUACAAUGAAGCUUUCCGGGGUGUAUCAAGACUGGGAUGAGCAAUGUUGCCGGCCACUUCUGUUCUCAUAUUGGAACUGUAUCCCAGGCAGUACCGGCGGCCAUGUCGCAGGUGCAUUGGUGGCAUAUGAGAACCAGGCUUUAAGGUCUCUAUUAUUUUCCCAUAAUCGACAAGCUCAAUGAAUUGUUCUUGCAUAAUCAGCAUCCACCAUAAAAUCAAAAAAAAGGAUAAAUCAGUAACUUUGAAAUAUCAUUUUAAUUGCGUCCUCAAUCCUGCAGGGAUAUUCUAGGUAUCCCUUUUUAAAAAGAAUUGCGGCGAAAUUUUUAAAAAAGAAACAAAUCAACAAAAAAAAGUGAUGUUUAAUUCCAAUUUGGGUCAGUUUUCGUUCGACUCUAUAUUGUUAGCCUAAAUGAUUAAACGUUUCACAAAGAGGAAUUUCUAAACAAAUGUACUUGAAAUGAUGUGAGAAAACAAACAAACAACCGUAAAAUUCCGAAAAUAAGCCCCGGGGGUUAUAUUUUUCAAAGGCCCUUUUUGAGGGGCUUAUAUUCGGAGGGGCUUAUCUACGGAGGAAAUUUGCUUUCAAAAUCGAUUGGGCUAGCCUUAUAGUUGGAAGGAAAUUUACCGUUUUUGCUUUGUUUUACUUUGUAUUUGAGGGCAAUUUUCCAAGCACAAGCCCCCAGGGGGCUUAUAUUUGGAGGGGCGAUUUAACGGGGAGUUUUUUGCGUUACCGGUUUGGGGGGCUUGUAUUUGGAGGGGCUUAUACAUAGAGGGGCUUAUUUUCGGAAUUUUACGGUAGGCUUUUUGGCAAAAUUAGCUUUUGAGGUAAGGUCACCUUAAUUUGGAUGUGACUUUUUCCCUCUAGUUUUUAAUAUGGCGAAGUUUACCACACUGGGUGCCACAGGACGCAUGGGACCUUCUUCAGUAGGGAUGCAUUAUCAGGGGCAGGAUCAUGAGGGACAAGUUACAGUGCACAAGGGAGUUCAAAUGUGGAAGGUCCCUGCCACUGGAACGUACACAAUCGAGGCAUCAGGGGCGGCAGGCGGAUAUGACAAAUUCACGUCCUGUAAGUAAAGAUAUUUAUCACAAAAAGUGAUACAUGCGAUGGUAGACUUCUGUAUUUGUACUAAGGAUAACGAACAACCAACGUUUAGGAAAGAUAGGAGCCUAUGUCGACAGUGAAAUUUCUCUUAAAGGAACUCUCGGUAUUUUAAUUAUCUUGAAAUAAAAUGGAACUUCGUUUGAUUUUAAAUAGAAGAACGCUGAAAGGUAACCAUAAUCUUUUGAUUAUUAAGGAAGGUUUAGGAUGAAAAAGAUUAAGUUACAAUGAAUUACAAAUCGACAAACUUGACAAUUUUGAGACAACAUUUGAAGAUAUUGACAGUUGUAGAAGCCAUGUCGUAGCUCAGGCGUUACUUAUGUGAACGUAGCAAGUGAUAUGUAAAAUACUCUGGUAAUUCCAUAAUGUCUUUAUUUUUAGCAAGCAAACGGGGCAAAGGUGCUCGUGUGAAGGGCAACUUCCAUCUCAAGAGAGGGGAUGUCCUAAAGAUUCUUGUUGGUCAGGAAGGAGGGGUGAACACUGCGUCAGGUGGAGCAGGGGGAGGGGGUGGAACAUUCGUUGUUACAGAUGACAACACCCCCCUGUUGAUUGGUGAGUACUUUACAGUGAUUUUUAUUUCGCUUAAAAAGAUCUAAUUUAUUAUCAGCUGAAGUGAUACAACUCACUUUAACUUAGUCUAAAAUGUCAGCCGUCUCCACGCCAUAAAACCUUAGGGGUGUGGGGUGGGGGGAGGUUUCUAACUUUGACUCUGAAUGAUGACUAACGCAGAGGAUGUCGAAACGACAGUCACUGUCAACAACGUGCUUUUGUGAAAUGACUGGGGUUCAAACCUUUCGCCAAUAAGAUUUAAAUUUCUUUUGUUGUUGUUGUUUUCUUUUUCAUCAUUGUUAUUUUAUCCUGAACUGGUGAAGUCUCCCUCGCAGCCGUUUUUGUCUCGUCACGCAACGCACCUCCCCUGGAGCGUUACGUGACGAGACAAAAACGGCUGCGAGCGAGACUAGAAAUCAAGAAAUCUGAAUUGAAGUCUUGGUGCUUCUUUAUGGAGCAUUUCUCUAUUUCUAUAAUAUCUAUAAACUAUCGAAAGAAAAAUCAACUUGAAAACAGGGGCAGGGGGUCCAACCUCUCCAAGUUAUUUCAAAAAAUGGACUCGACUUACGCAAACGAUGUUCCUCGGAUAUCGGACUACAAUCUUGGACAGGAUAAAAUGGAACAGCAACCCCCCCCCCCCCCCAUCCGUCAAAAUCAAGGGUGAAGCUGCGCGGAGGCCAAACAACAACACUUUAUUUCACCCCAUGAUAUACAAGAAAUAAAAAUUGAUAACAAUAGUACAGACGAUGAUAGGGGCGCUGGCUGCCCGAAAUAACCUAAGAAAAAUACGCCAUCCUUCUAUCUUUGAUGUGGGGAAGGGGUCUAGUUUUCCACUUAUUUCGUCCAAGAUUGUAGUUUGCAGGUGAGAUAGAACGUUAACUGUUUCGUUCUAUUGCAGGUGGUGGAGGUGGCGGUGUUGAUAAAAUGAAGGGCGAUAGUCCACGAUGCCACGGAUCCUCAAGCAACAAUGGAAACGGAGGGUAUGGAGGGUCCCAGUUUCAGGGUGGGUCGGGAGGCAGAGGAGCUGAGGAAGGCGAUAAUAACUACUCAGGAGGAGGGGGUGGUGGAUUUGAGACUAAUGGACGUUCAAAUCUAAAUUUUGGUGGCGCGAAAGGCACUGGAGGAGAAGGGGGCAAAUCAUUUUAUAAAGGUAACUUGAUUACUUUAUGAAAGGUUAAUAUUACUUCUUCUACUCUCCUUAGAGAGGGCUUUGAGCUAAAAUUCAAGAAAAUAGUGGGAGAGUUAAGGCGAAUAGUUCAGACUCUCUGAUACAACAUCGGAAAAUAAUUCCUUUGCUGAGCGCCCCUCCUUUUUGUUAACAUCCUUAAAUAUCUUACAUAGUGAGUAUUUUCAGAAGCAACAAAUCCAUGGUGUAAUCGGCGUCGGGCAUGCUGAAAAGGUGCUUGUAAUCAGUCGACACGGCUAAUUGUGUGCGCGAGAGGGGCUGAGACGCGUUAGAGUCACAGAAAGGGCAGGACAGGAAAACGUCCCUUAACCAUAGGUCAAAUAAACAUUUCUGGGUUCUCAGUCGGCAGCCAAUUACAAUUAUUACCAUUCCGUCUGUGUUCCGCUCUUUAGGCUAUCUUCGCACUUCACCGAAUAGCCCUUGCGCCGGCGCAAAAACCAUUGCGGAUAGGGCUUCUUUUCACACAUAAGAACGGUGUUUUUGGCGCGAUUUCUGUAACGGAGCGAAGCUGCCAAGCGCCAAUUUUAAGAGUGGAGCGUCACUUAUCGGAUAGGUUCUUUGCAUACUUUGGUGCAGUGUCAACAGGUAUUUGGACGGAAGUGAAUAAGUAGGAGCGAGGACUGGAAUCCACUUGGACGGAAGUAAAUAUUCAGGAGUGAGGACUGGGAUUGAGUUAACCAACUCCUCCCGGCCAACUGCUCCGGCACGAUAUUCGAUGUGUGAACAACUUGUUCCAGUUCUGUGCCGCCUUUGUUCAUCGUAUACCGAAUAACUUUUCGUGCCAGCACGAAAAGCCAUCGGCUGUAGUGAACAUAGCGUUAGUUACCCAGUUUUUCAAUCAAUUUCCUAAAUCCUUGGUGAAUUACUUUUCAGGCGGUGUCGGAGGUCGUUCGAACCAGAAUGACGUAGAAGGUGGAUUUGGAGGUGGUGGCGGUCCUAACGGAGCUGGAGGGGGCGGCGGAGGAGGUGGUGGUUAUUCCGGAGGGGCUAGUGGCAGCCGAUCGAACUCCUGUGGGGGUGGAGGCGGAUCGUUCAACAAUGGCCAGGAGCAGUCUAACCAGGCUGGAGCCAAUGCUGGUUCUGGUUACGUCAUCAUCAAACUUCUUAAUGUCAGAUAGUUUUUUGAAAUUCCUUUUUGCAAUAGGCACGAUAAGAGUUCUUUCUUGAUCACGCAUAAUGGCUAUGUUUUGCUGUUAAAUGUUAAAACCUAGAUUUCGUCAAGAUUCAGCUUUACAAUAAAUAGGCAUACUUAGACAUUCUAUCUUGAUCAUGUAUAUUGGCUUAUUUUCUGCGACAUGUGUUGCAUUUUAAUUUCGUCACAUUUGUUGUUAUAUGUAUUGGCUUUUUUGACUGAGAAAUUAAACCAACUAACAAAUCAGCGAUAGCUUCUUAUUUCGUGAAACCACCUCAGAGAUAUAAGCAAAUAGAACUACCCCAAACCAUAGUUAAUAGAGUGAGUGGAACGGUUAAAAUAAUUAGGGUUUGAAGCCUCUCAGAAAUACUUUAAUUUGUUAUAUGUUUUUGUGGACUUGAAGGUGC